GCCCAGCUUGUGAACUGGGCACCUCCCGUGCGCGCUUCUCCAACGGUCUCCCGGGCGAGACACAACGGCCGGCGAGAUCCGCUCCGCCUACCACCCUCGCCGCCGCGGCCGGAGAGAGUCAGGAAUGUUCGUUUUGCAGGCGAGCGGCGCGGCAGCUUCGUAGGUGGUGGAGCGGACGGGCACGGACCCGCGCCUCUACGACGACGCAGCCGCCAUCCCGGCGCUCCUCGACUCACCUCUUCGACGCCGACGCGCCUCCUCGUCGUCAUAGCGCAGGGCGUCGACGCCGCCCACUCUUCCAGCAGGUGGUCAAAGAACGUGGCGGCGCAGUCGCCUACCUCUACUACCUGCGCUGUCGCUGGAGGUGAAGAGGAUAAUCUGCCUCUACUAGAGUCGCCGGAUUGCUAACAAGAACUAGAAAGGCAAAGGGUGGCCUGGAAGUUGGGCUCUCCGUUCCACCGCCCGCCAUCAGUUCGACGAAAUGCCGCCUACCCUCCUCCUUAGGUGCUCCGUACACGGCCGACGGGCGGAGCCGCUUGUGCAGGACACGCUGAAAGAUCAUGGUGCGCAAGUAGUUCUACUGCGUGUCAUCAUGACCUCUUGGGAGCCGAGUUGAAUGGACAUGUGGUCGACGCACUUGCUCUGGGAGAAAGAUAGAUGGAUGGCAGCAUGGAGCCGAACACAACCACCAACUAAGGCUACAGUUUUCAUGGUGAUCAAGGCAGGCACUGCUUUGUGAGCGGCGACUGGCUGGGUGGUCCACACGCGGGGUGCUCAGGUCCGACUAAAUUCGCGGGGAGGGUGUCUCCACUGAAAUAAGUGCUUGAUCAGAUGACCAGGAGAUUGGGAAUGAGACACACACAAAAGAAUCUUCAAGAGUUUGGAGGGAGGAUAAGAGCAGAAACAGUACUAGCUGUAUGGUCCAUGACAAUAUGUGAACACUCCAAUUUAUUGUUCUUAUUCAGUAAAGCUCAUCGUGAUCAUGUUAAUGCUAAUCAUGUACUGGAAAUUCCGGUAAAAAAGGAAUGUAGGGUAAGUUCAAUCAUUCUUCUGUUUCUAUACUCAACUUGAAGAGCCAACAUAUUCUACCAUGUCAAAUAAUGAUAAUUGUGCUGGUUUAAACAAAUAUCAUAUCUGGCCGUGACAGGUUGCUAUUCUUAUCUGAAUUUGACCCUUCAACCUUUCUACCUUAUAAUUAACACGUUUAUGUCAUAAUUGCCUCCAAUAAGCAGCCACAAGAGCCAUCCCCAAUUGAGCAUAUAAAAAGAAGAAUUGAACUUCCACUGUGCAAUCAAAGUCAUGGUCUCAAAAUGACAAAUUAGCUGAUCUAAAACAAACUCUAGUAGUGACCGGUUGUUAAUUUAUUAUAUCCUGAUGUGAAUUUGACCUAAUCUUUCAUGCAACCUUCCUAUUAGCAGCCCCUGAGAUUGAUAAGCAUGUUGACCCUAUCAGUCUGCCCAAUAAGCAGCCCGAACAGCAUAUAAAAGAUAGAAUUGAAGGGUACCAUCACCAUCUCCAUCCUAAUCUUGUCCUCUAAGGUUCAAGGUCUUCGGAGGUUGGGGGUGCUGCAUGCAAAGCCAUGGCCUCCAAAAAGAUGGCGCAGAUUAUGAUUCAAGGACACGGGGAAACUAGCUAUGCUCGCAACUCUAGUAUUCAGAAGGCUGAGCAGAAGAAGAUGAAACCUGAUUGAAGCGGUCAUCGUUGAAUUAUGCAGCAGCACCGGCACCUUGCAGCCCGGCAAGUUGUGAUCGCGGACUUGGGCUGCUCCACUGGUCCAAACACACUUGCACUUGUAUUGAUUGCUGUCGAGGCGAUUCACGUUCAUUGUCUUCAGUUCUAGCAACCUCCACCGGAAGUGUGUGCGCUCCUCAACGAUCUCCCCGAGAACGACUUCAGCACGGUGGUGAAGAGCCUGGUCACGCUCCGUCAAAGCAAAUGAUCCUGUUGUCGUGACCGGUAUCACACCAGGGUCGUUUUACGAGCGGCUCUUCACCAGUGAAUCCUUGCAUCUUGUUUGCAAGUCCAAUAGCUUGCAUUGGCUCUCAAAGGUGUGAGUUUGAUACUACUUGAUGGAUCAAUCCACUGCAUUACUCGUCUACUCCAUAAGCAAAACCUUAUCUUUAGAGGCUCCAGAAGAUCUAACGAGGAAUCUCAUCCCAGCGUAUGACAUUGAUGAGCAUUCUAGGAGUGAAAGGCUUCCUAUAGUACUUGAGGCUUAUGCAAAACAGUACAGAAAAGAUUUCACGCUUUUUCUGGAGCUGAGAGCCAAAGAGUUGGUCUCAGGAGGCCGAAUGAUUGUUUCGCUGGUAGGGAGGUGUUCUGAUGCAAUCGCCACCAAAUUCUCUUAUAUAUUAGAAAUUGUAGCUCAGAUUCUAUGUGUCAUGGUCUCAGAGGGUGUGAUUGACAAGGAAAAGUUUGAUUCCUUUUAUGGGCUAUUGUAUGAACCUUCUAGCGAAGAGCUGAGGGAGAUCAUCCAAGAAGAGGGCUCCUUUUCAAUCAGGGAGAUGCGGGCGCAUGACCUAGAACUGAUAUGAACAAUGCUCUCAGCACCCCAGGAAGGUUUGCACGGAUUUCUGUGAGCUUUGUUUGAGCCGGUAUUAGUCCAACAUUUUGGUGAUGUCAUGGAUGAAUUCAUGAGGACCGCGGAACGGCGAUGGAUCCUAGAGGGAAGCUUGCAAGAGGAGCGGGCUAGAUGUCCAUAUGCUAUGCUGGUUGUAUCCCUCGAAAAGGCAUGAUUAUCAGGUCCCUAAAGGUACAUCACAUUUGAUGACAGUGAACAGAUGCUGUCUUUGAGGCCAAAUGUGUGCCCACUUGAUUAUGUAAACUAAAACCCAUGGCGUGCUUUGAAGGGCCGAAAAGAAGAACUGGAGCUUGCAGUGCAGUUUGCAAGCUGUGUGUGUGCGUGCCGAAAACCCAAGAGUGAUGCUGGUUUUAUCGUUCAACAAGGCAUGACACGACGACUGGCCUGUCUCCGGAGGCUAGCCCUGCUGCAAGCAAAGCCAUGGCUUCCAAACAGAUGGUGCAUAUGAAUCAAGGACAAGGCGAAACUAGCUACGCUCACAACUCCAGUUUUCAGAGUGCUGAGCAGAACAGGAUGAAGGCCCUGAUAGAAGCAGCGGUCGUCGAAUUAUGCAGCAACACCACCACCUUGUCGCACGGGAAGGUGGUGAUUGCGGACUUGGGCUGCUCCUCGGGCCCAAACGCGGUAGCACUGGUGUCCAUCGCCCUCGAGGCCACCCACAGCCACUUUCUUCAGUUGCGGCAGCCACCUCCGGAAGUCUGUGUGCUCCUCAAUGAUCUCCCAUACAACGACUUCAACGCGGUGGUGAAAAGCCUGGUUGCGGUCCGGCAAAUCGGUGAGCCUGUUGUUGUAACUGGUGUUGUACCAGGGUCAUUCUAUGAGAGGCUCUUCCCUAGUGGCUCCGUGCAUCUUUUCUGUUCAUCCAACAGCCUUCAUUGGCUAUCAAAGGCUCCUGAAGAUUUAAGGAUGAAGCAAAUCCCGGUGUAUGACAUGGAUGAGAACGUCAGGCGUGAAAGACUCCCAGUGGUCGCUGGAGCUUAUGCACGACAAUUCAAGAAAGAUUUCACACUUUUCCUGCAGCUGAGAGCCAAAGAAUUGGUCCCAGAAGGACGGAUGGUUGUUUCCCUCCCGGGGAGGCGUUCUGAUGAGCCUGUCACCGAGACCUCUCUCAUCUGGGGAACUGCAGCUCAGAUUUUAGGCGCCAUGGCCUCAGAGGGUGUGAUUGACAAAGAAAAGCUUGAUUCUUUGUACAUACCGGUGCAUGGACCUUCCGAUGAAGAGCUGAGAGAGAUCAUCCAAGAAGAGGGCUCCUUCUCAAUCACAGAGAUGCGGGUGCACGACCCUAUAAGCGGCAUGGACCGCGCCCUCCUCACCCCAAACAGGAUGGUGAAUAGCCUGAGAGCUGCUUUCGAGCCGAUAAUAGUCCAGCAUUUUGGAUCGCCAGCAGAGAUCAUGGAUGAAUUUGUCAGGACCGGCGAGAAGCACUUGAGCCUGCAGCGCAGCUCACAAGUCAAGCACGCCAGAAGCCCGAGGGUUAUGCUGGUUGUAUCGCUCACCAAGGCAUGACAUGACAGUUGACGUGUCGCUGCUGCUAGUCUGUAUCCAUCGCCAAUUUGUGACAUGUCUGUAAAAUUCUGCAUCAAACUUAAUCGGAUUUGUGAGAGACGGGAAAGGCGAAUAUAUGCUGAAAUUGCAUUGUGAGACAAGCACUUGUCAUUUUCAUUUCAGCAAAGUAUAUGUCUCACAAUGCAAUUGAGUGGUAUUGAAGUUCUACAAAGGUACAUACAUGAUAUUAUUCCUUUGUGUUC